GGGCCGCCCGGACGCCGGGGUCCCCUAGGCCGGGGCGUGGGCGGGGCGGCCCGGCCUGACGCAGCUCUGCACCCCUACACCAGGGCCGGCGGCGGUGGCUGCCCCGAGGGACGCGGCCCUAGGCGGUGGCGAUGGGGGCCGCCCGGAUCGCACCCGGCCUGGCGCUCCUGCUCUGUUGCCCCGUGCUCAGCUCCGCGUACGCGCUGGCAGAGAGACAGAGACAGACAGAGACAGAGAGAUCUUCCAUCCACUGUCUCACUCCCCAAAUGCCUGCAACAGCUGGGGCUGGGCCAGGCCGAAGCCAGGAGCCGGGAACUCAGUCCGGGUCUCCUCCGUGGGUGGCAGGGAUCCAACUACUUGAGCCAUCAUCGGCUGCAUCUGGGCCUCUUGACCACACAUUCACUCUCCCUGGGGCAGCAGCUUCUGUGUUUGUAGAUGCAGAUGACGUGUUCACCAAAGAGGAGCAGAUCUUCCUGCUGCACCGAGCCCAGGCCCAGUGUGACAAGCUGCUCAAGGAAGUCCUGCGGAGGCCAGCCGACAUAAUGGAGUCAGACAAGGGCUGGAUGUCUGCAUCCACUUCAGGGAAGCCCAAGAAAGAGAAGGCAUCGGGGAAGCUCUACGCCGAGUCCAAGGAGGACACGGAGGUGCCCGCUGGCAGCAGGCACCGAGGACGGCCCUGCCUGCCGGAGUGGGACCACAUCCUGUGCUGGCCGCUGGGGGCACCAGGCGAGGUGGUGGCUGUGCCCUGUCCUGACUACAUUUAUGACUUCAAUCACAAAGGUCACGCCUACCGACGCUGUGACCGCAACGGCAGCUGGGAGCUGGUGCCAGGGCACAACCGGACAUGGGCCAACUACACUGAGUGCCUCAAGUUCAUGAGCAACGAGACUCGUGAGCGGGAGGUGUUUGAUCGCCUGGGCCUCAUCUACACCGUGGGCUACUCCAUGUCACUGGCCUCCCUCACGGUGGCCGUGCUCAUCCUGGCCUACUUUAGGCGGCUGCACUGCACACGCAACUACAUCCACAUGCACCUCUUCCUGUCCUUCAUGCUGCGUGCCGUGAGCAUCUUCGUCAAGGACGCUGUGCUCUACUCGGGCUUCACGCUGGACGAGGCAGAGCGCCUCACCGAGGAGGAGCUGCGCCUCAUUGCCCAGGCACCCCCGCCGCCUGCCGCCACCGCCGGCUACGCGGGCUGCCGGGUGGCUGUGACCUUCUUCCUUUACUUCCUGGCCACCAACUACUACUGGAUUCUGGUGGAGGGGCUGUACCUGCACAGCCUCAUCUUCAUGGCCUUCUUCUCAGAGAAGAAGUACCUGUGGGGCUUCACGGUCUUCGGCUGGGGUCUGCCUGCCAUCUUCGUGGCUGUCUGGGUCAGUGUCAGAGCUACCCUGGCCAACACCGGGUGCUGGGACUUGAGCUCCGGGCACAAGAAGUGGAUCAUCCAGGUGCCCAUCCUGGCCUCUGUUGUGCUCAACUUCAUCCUCUUCCUCAACAUCGUCCGGGUGCUGGCCACGAAGCUGCGGGAGACAAAUGCUGGCCGGUGUGACACGCGGCAGCAGUAUCGGAAGCUGCUCAAGUCCACGCUGGUGCUUAUGCCGCUCUUUGGCGUCCACUACACCGUCUUCAUGGCCAUGCCGUACACCGAGGUCUCAGGGACACUCUGGCAAAUCCAGAUGCACUACGAGAUGCUCUUCAAUUCUUUCCAGGGAUUCUUUGUCGCCAUCAUAUACUGUUUCUGCAAUGGGGAGGUACAAGCUGAGAUCAAGAAAUCCUGGAGCCGCUGGACACUGGCACUGGACUUCAAGCGCAAGGCACGCAGUGGGAGCAGCAGCUACAGCUACGGCCCCAUGGUGUCUCAUACAAGCGUGACCAACGUAGGCCCGCGCGCUGGACUCGGCCUGCCCCUCAGCCCCCGCCUGCUGCCCGCUGCCACCACCAACGGCCACCCGCAGCUGCCUGGCCACACCAAACCAGGUGCCCCAGCCCUUGAAACCACACUGCCUACCACGGCUGCUCCCAAGGACGAUGGAUUCCUCAAUGGUUCCUGUUCCGGCCUGGACGAGGAGCCCUCAGGGCCGGCACGGCCGCCUGCCCUGCUGCAGGAAGAGUGGGAGACAGUCAUGUGACUCAGAGCCUGGGGGC